AUGCCACCGAAAAGAGGUCGUGGCGGUCGCGGAGGUCGCGGUGGCGGUCGUGGUGGCCGUGGUCGUGGAGGUGGAAGAGCAGGUUCCACUUCUACGUUCAAACUCAGCAAAUCGGCUAAAAGAAGAUCCAAGAAGCGGGGACAUUCAGAGCUCCCGACAGAUCGGGACAUGCCUGAGCUAAUGGAUUUAGGUAUGGACACAUACCACCGGGAGUUUGCCGCUGAUAAGCCUCUGAUGAAAACACUAUCUCAAAGACCCAAUAGAUCGAUGAUGAAAGAGGCAAGAUACACAGAUAAACAUAUGGAACAGACGAUGUCGCUGACAUUACGUAAUCGCCCUGUCGAAUUUGUCCUUGCAGAGCUGAAGUAUGACCCCAGUAGGGACCUAAUAGAACGAUUGAGGCAAGCCAAAGAAAGUCCAAAGCAGACAGUUCUGCCGGAGAAAUCUACUGAAGAAGUGCCAGAAAACAUUGAUGUUACUUCUGAAACAGUAGCCGAGGCAUUUGUUGUUACUGACGACGCAAUGGUUGAUAGUGCAGACGACAUCAAUCAGAAUACUUGUGCAACAGAGCUGGACUUAAACCCUCCUAUCACAAACAAAUUAGAUUCUUUGAUCGCUCGUGAGGUACAAGAUGACAUCAUAGGAGAAUUGCUCCAGGAGCGAGAUGCCCUACUCGAGAAACCUAUAACACUGAUGAUCAGCAAUAAUGCAGCUGAUGAUGAAAAACUGACUGCUAUUGUUGAGGAACUGACUGCUACUGUUGAGGAACUGACUGCUAGAGAUGAAGAACUCGCUGCUCCAGAUGAUUCUCUAGCGCAAAACGAAUUGAUCUCUGAAGUUCAAUCUUCAAAGGACACUAACAUUGAUAAGGAAGAUAGUUCAGAUGAUGACGCAACCGGCGAAAUGGAAUUUGCUGAUUCCAAUGAAGAAGAUUCCGACGAUGGCUCAGAGAUUCUGUUUUCCAUUGACCAAGAUGGAGAUAUUGCUGCUGUUGAGGAGUUCAGCGUUUCUAAGCCAAACACUGCGGCUCUACUUCAGUCAGAGCACCAGAACAGGAGUCGCAAAGAACGUCGCUCUUCGAGCCAGACGUCUGAGGAUGGAUAUCUCACUAUUGGCAAAGUUAUUCUCAAGACUUCCCGUGGUGAUAAUGGGUCGCCCUUUGUUGAACUACCUUCGCUCAAAAGCAACAAAUCAAAUAGAUCCGGUUUUGUCUCGCUCAAAGAUACGAGAGCCAAAGAGAAUGAUCCUUUUGCACCCAAAACUGCCGCUAAGGAUCAUUUUGCUCAUUCCGUUGAUUCCGAUGUUGAAGCUGCGUUUGAUGAUUACAUGACUCAGCUCAUGCUAGCAAAUGGAGAAGACUCAGAUGACAGUGGCAGCGAGUCUGACAACAACUUCGAUGCUGAAGAUUCGGAUGGCAGCACGUCUGACUAUGGGGUCCACGACGAUGACGACGAGGCAACUUUCGAUAAACUUCGGGCGCAAUAUGAUUAUUCCACGUUAGACGUAAGUGACCAGUCAUCUAUUGACGAAUUUGAUAUUGAUCAAGUGAUGGACAUGAGUCUGGAUACCGAUGAUUUAGACGAACUUAACUCUGAGGAGGAAGGUUUGCAAGACAUCCUUGCAUUUGCAAAGCAACACAAGCGACUUGCUGAUCUUGAUCUCGGAACCAACGUUGCUCCUCAGAAGGUUGGCAAGGGACGGAAGCAAAGGCUCGAGCUUGGCUCAGACCUUGAAGUAGAGCUCAGGGAAUCCUUGAUGGAACAAUUCCAAUACCAAAAACAAUCUCGAAGGCUGAAAAAGCUCCGCAAAAAGGAGAAGAAACUUCAAGAGGCUGUCGAUAAUCUGGUCUUGAAGGACAAGUACGAAUAUUCCCUUCAUAUCAAGGAGAUCAAGGAAGAGUUCGAAAUGUUCUUGCAUGAUGCCAGUCGCGAGACGCUUAGCUUUCCUCCUCUAGAUGGUCAUGGCAACAAAACAUUAAACAAGCUUGCUAACAACUACAAUAUGAAAUGUAUCAAGAGCGGAGGCAAUGGGACCAGCUUUUAUAUGAAGAUUGCAAAGACAAAGAAAACAUUCCGCUAUGUUCCUGACUACCAACUGAUUGGAUACAUUUUGAAGCAGCGCCCAGUUUUCCGCAGAAUUGAUGUGAAGCCUCGGACUAGAGAAGAGAUUGCUGAAUCAGAGGACAGCUCGCGUCGCGGACCAAAAUCAAAUGCCUAUGUUAGAGAAGGAGAUAUUGUUGGUGGUCUGGCACCCGAAAUUGCACAAAACAAUAUAGGAAGGAAAAUGUUAGAGAUGCUUGGAUGGUCAAAGGGAGAGGGUCUAGGUGCGCUAGGGAACAAGGGUAUUUCGACUCCAGUCUUGGCAACUGUCAAGAAAUCCAAGUCUGGUUUGAAAUAA